CGGAGCCGCCGGAGUCGCGGGCAGAGCCAGCACCGCGGACAGCGCCCGCCGCGCCCCUCCGCGCCCCUCCGCGCCCCUCCGCGCCGCGCCGCUCCGCGCCCCACCAUGACGGCGGAGACCCACCUGCAGGGCGUGGAGAUCUCGGCCGCCCAGUUUUUCGAGAUCUGGCACCACUACGACUCCGACGGCAAUGGGUACAUGGAUGGGAAGGAGCUACAGAACUUCAUCCAGGAGCUGCAGCAGGCGCGGAAGAAGGCAGGCUUGGAUUUAACACCUGAAAUGAAAGCUUUUGUGGACCAAUAUGGGAAGACUACUGAUGGAAAAAUAGGAAUAGUUGAGCUUGCUCAGAUAUUACCGACAGAAGAAAAUUUCCUGUUGUUCUUUAGGUGCCAGCAGCUAAAGUCAAGUGAAGAUUUCAUGCAGACAUGGAGAAAAUAUGACAGUGACCACAGUGGUUUCAUUGAUUCUGAGGAACUAAAGAGCUUCUUGAAAGAUUUAUUACAGAAAGCAAAUAAGCAGAUUGAAGACUCAAAGCUAACAGAAUACACAGAAAUAAUGCUCAGAAUGUUCGAUGCAAACAAUGACGGAAAGCUGGAGCUUACUGAACUGGCCAGGCUACUCCCAGUACAGGAAAAUUUUCUUAUUAAAUUUCAGGGUGUCAAAAUGUGUGCAAAAGAAUUCAAUAAAGCCUUUGAGAUGUAUGAUCAAGAUGGCAAUGGUUAUAUAGAUGAAAAUGAACUUGAUGCUCUCCUGAAGGAUCUGUGUGAAAAGAACAAAAAGGAAUUAGACAUUAACAACCUUGCGACAUACAAGAAAAGCAUCAUGGCCUUGUCUGAUGGAGGAAAGCUUUACCGAGCAGAAUUGGCUCUUAUUCUCUGUGCUGAGGAAAAUUAGACCUCUUCUAUCAUGUCCACUUAACUAGUGAUGUACUCUAUCUACACAAUAACUGUGCACUAUAAGGGAGUAGGCUGUAUUUUUAAAUUGCAUAUAGAAAAUUAGCCAGGAUGUGUGGCACAUUCCUUUCAGUUUGUUUCUAUACUGUUUGUAAUGUACAGUUUUUGUAACUAUAAGAUUGAUAAAGAGAAUGUCUGUAUUUGGGCCAGUCUGUAUAUUCAAUAAGAAACUAAAACAUGUUGGAGUUGGGUUUUUUUUCUUUUUUUUUUGCUUUCAUGAAAACAGCUGGAAAAAAACUAAACCUGCCAACACUGUUGUGGUCAUCAUAUCCUUUGACACCUGCAACGUUUUUUCUUCUUGAUCUCUAUAAUGAGAAAAUCUAAAGAUCUCUCUACAAGUUACAACUAAAUACAGGUUUUUAAAUGCAGAAAUGUGAGGAAGAAAAGAACUAGUUUUGCAGUAGGACAGAAGAGUUGGAAUGACUAUUCUCCAAAAUUUACCAAGGCACCGAGAAAUAUUUUCAGUUGUCAAAUCACCCACUUACAGGUCUGUGCUCUCUGCAGUUUUCAAUCACUCUUCCCAUUACAAACUCAUCACAUAUAGACAAAAUAUUUAUAAGCAUUGGAAAUCCGGGAUAGACUCUCCAUACAGUAGUUGACAAAAAUAUAGUGUUUUCAAUCUAGCUGUUUAACUUUACUGAAUUUAAACACAGGCAUUUCAGAAACAAAAGCCUUUAAUCUGUCUUGGAAUCCUGGCUAAAUGGCAGGUAGUAUAGUUAAUACACAGAUUAGCACAUGAUAUUGUAAGUGUACCUUUCAUGACUAUUGCUGUGUCAGAGAAUAUGACAAUCCAUUUUCUAAACUAUUUUCACAUUUUGCAGGUGAUAAUUAUUCUAGUAAAUUGCUGUUUUUACAUCAUAUUCUGUGUAAUCUAUGAUUAAAUUUAAUAUCCUAAGACUGUUGGUGUCUAGUUUGUCUAUCUCCCACAUUCUUUUUCUGUACCAUGUAGAUGACAAAACAACUGUUUGAAAAAAAUGUGCCUCCUUGGAUCUUACAUUGAAUGUCCAAUCUAUAAUAGUGUAACAAUUUAAUAGCAAAGGAGAAAAAAGAUCUACUACAGAUUUUGUAUCAUAUUUAGUUUACAUGGUGGGCUUUGCCUUUUAUUAUGCUAGAGAGGUAUUUUUUAAAUGGGAAUUACAGUAUGGAAACAGCUGUUUUCUUCCAUCUAUAUUUUUUUGGCCUGGCUCUGUUUUUAUUUUACGCCAGCUUUAUGCCAGCACAAUUCUAUAAAUGUCCAGGUACGCUGGUGUAAGAAGGAAAUCAAGCUGUGUCUUGGAGUUGAUAAACCUAAGCUGCCUCCAUAGAAAACUGUAUUUCAGAAGCAGUUCCUGGUUGGUAGAUUAGCUACAUACAACUUCUUGAAUGCGUCACCCUAUCUAAUUUAACAAGCAGAAAGAAGCAAGUGCAUUUUAUUUGAAACAAAAGGUCUCACACAGUGAGACUCAGAUCCUCCAAGGUCAUUCUGUCACUUAACUCCCACUGACGUUAAUCCUCUAACUCAGGCCACGCUCCGGCAACUAAACGCCCUUUGAGCAGUGGGGCCUGGUGGGAAAGUUAAGGAGUGGAUGGUGGCAGGAUGGGGGCAUUGACGGCGGGAAAAGCCACAAAAAAUUGAAGAAAGAUUAAGCUAGGUCAUUUUCACUGCUUUACUCCCACUCCAUGCACAGUGAUUUAACUUCUCACCUGCUUGUUCUCCUCUUUUCUCUAUGCAAUGUGAAAUAUAAUUGUGUAUGUCAAGUGAAGGAACGGUGAAUAGAUUAUCUGCCUAUCAGUACAAUAAAUGAUUGAUAUUGUUCAUACUGUGCACUUGAAA